AAAUCAGGUUGAGCCCAAUGGGCCUUACGGCUUUCUCGCUUACUGUGCGAUCGUUUCACUCUUUCCUUUUUUUGUUGCAUUGAUGAGUAAAAUAAUGCGACUGAUGAGCUGCUUUUCUAAGUAAAAAAAAAGAAAGAUCAAUGGAGGAUCAUGAGAAGAUUGAUGGGAAGAUGAAGAAGAAGAAGAAGAGUGUGGCUUCGAUUCCGGCUAACUACGUCUCCAUUCUUCAGCUUCAGCAACGUUGGCUGAAGGAGAAAGAGCAGAAACAAAAGGAAAAAGACUAUGUAGAGAGAGGAGUGAAGCAGCAGGUUGAUCAUGGACAACGAAGGAGAGAAGAUGAAGAAGAAGAAGAAGAAGAUGCAGUGAAGGUAGUAAAGGCCAUGGAAACAAAAGUGAAGCUCGGGGAAAAGGGUAUGCAAUGUGGCGUUAAGAAAGAGGAAAUUGAGGUCUCUGCAAUUGUUGUGAGCAACAAGGAUGACGUUGGAGGAGAUACGAGGGAGAAAAAGAAGAAGUAUACUGUGAAAGAGAACGCUAGGAGAGCUUUCAAGUACAAGGGAGAGAAUGCUGCUAAGGAAGGAACUCAUUUUUUUCAGAAUCGCUGGAUCAAGAAGAAAGUAGAAGAGCAAGGAGAGACAAGUGAGGUCAAGGAACCUGCGAGAUUAAAUACCAAGCAAGAUUAUCACCAAAACCAAAGACAUGAUUUGUCGUCUACACGUGUUAUGAGGGCAACAACAAGUACUAUGGUGUGGGUGAAGAAGGGUAAGAACGACAGAGCUGCCGGUGACUAUGGCGUCUGAAUUAUCUAUCGUUUAAAGGUUGCAACUUUGGAUCAUUUGUUUUCUAGGGUCUUAGACUAAUACAAUCGAAGCUGAACAAUAAUGGUCUUCAGGUGUUGUAGGAUUUUUACAACUUUCCUAUAAGCAUUUGGUUGUCCAUGUCCUUGGGGAAUGCAUUGUAGUAGUUGUGUAUGUAAAGUAAAUGUAUU